AUGCCACCACCAUUACCACGAGCCCUCCUCAGGGCCCCGCGCUGCCCAACACAGCUCUCCCGCCUAGCCCCAAUCGCCCGCUUAACAACCUCACAACCGCGAGCUCGCAUCCUCUCCUCCUGCAAUACAACCUCCCGCCCAUUCCACACGACCCCUCGCCCCCUCGCCUCCGAACCCCCUCCCGACUUCCACUCCAUCGUCGACAACCCCCCGGACCUCGUCCGCACCGGCCGCCGACACGGGCCCGGCCUGAUCCUCCUCGCCCUCAUCCCCGUGACGGCCUUCGCGCUCGGGACGUGGCAGGUGCAGCGCCUGGACUGGAAGACGAGACUGAUCGCGAAAUACGAGGACCGGCUCGUCCGCGACCCGCUCCCGCUCCCGCCGCGCAUCGACCCGGAGGCCGUCCACGAGUUCGACUACCGCCGCGUCUACGCCACCGGCCGCUUCCGCCACGACAAGGAGAUGCUGAUCGGCCCGCGCAUGUGGGAGGGCGAGCAGGGCUACAUGGUGGUCACGCCGCUGGAGCGCGAGGGCGGCGAGGGCACGACGGUGCUGGUGAACCGCGGGUGGAUCAGCAAGGAGAUGGCGGACCAGAGGAGGAGGCCGCACGGGUUGCCGACGGGCGAGGUCACGGUGGAGGGACUGUUGAGGGAGCCGUGGAAGAAGAACAUGUUCACGCCGGAGAACAGGCCGGAUCGGUGGGAGUUCUUCUUCCCUGACGUGCACCAGAUGGCGGAGCUUACGGGGAGCCAGCCGGUUUGGAUUGAGGCUACUGUGGACCACGAGUUCUUCCGUAUUAUGGACCUCAAGUCCAGGGGUAUUCCUAUCGGCAGGGCUGCGGAGGUGAACCUGCGUAACAACCACGCCCAGUACAUCUUCACAUGGUACGGCCUUGCGUUCGCGACAUCAAUCAUGCUGUGGAUGGUCGUGAAGAAGCCCCCGUCCGACGUUUCGCGGCGGGUGCGCAUGAAUAAGCAUUGGUAG